AUGCCCCUUCGAGAUGGAAAGACGGAAGGUCGCAAGAGAAACCGACCUAAUACCAGAAAAGAUCGCCCUACGGCUUCGAAAAAUCGCAGCAGCCCCGCCGCUGUAACUGCAACAAGCGCCAGUUCGGCCUCGAUCUCACUAUCAGAAAGUGAGUCGGAUAUUGAAAGAGUUAGCCAGAAAGCGAACGCGCUUCUAGGCUCUUUUCUGUCCUUCAAAGAUCGGGGUGACUGUACUUCUACGGAGAGUAACUCACGGAGCUCCUCUGUUAUACCUGCAAAACGGCCAGCUGAACCCAAUGGCACAUCCACCACAUCCGAGAGAAGUAAUGAGAGGGACAACAAUACCAUUAGACCAAGUAGUCUAGCACAGCCAUUAUCAGACCGCCCGGUUUCAUGGGGAGCGUCAUCUCCGCUUCGCCCUGUGGUAGAGAUACCGAUACAUUUUGCAACGCCUCAACAACCUGGAGCAGCUGGACGACCUACUGAUAGGCCUUCCUCCCAAUCAUCUAAGAGACUGAGGCGCGCUAAAAAGAAAAUAUUAAAGAAAGAAAAGCCGUUUCUUUCUGAUCGGAUUGAAUCUCCGAUAUCCACAGAAUCGCGUUCAUCAAGGCGGAAUAGGGGCCCUCGAAGUUACUAUGCAAGUACCUUAGAGAUUUCUAGUCCGCGAGACCAAACCGAACAGAACCAUCCAGCCGACGAGCUAUCUGCCUCUUCUACCUUAACGUCUGAACCCAAGAAUCUGCCAGGUCGUGUAUGUUACCGCUCUGCUACCCAUAUUGUAGUAAAAGAGCCCCUGGUUGAAUCUGCAUCAAAUCUUGCCUCUUACCGCUCUUGGGAGGAGAGAGAGGACCCCGAAUCUCUCUUGAAAACGAGGAGGGGUACCAAUAUUGGUUGCAAAGGUAUCUUACUUCAUGCGGACUUAUGCAUGGAUGAAUUGAACGUAUUUUACCGCUUCAUGACAAACGUGGAAACAACACAGACUGAGGGUUGCAUACAAGACCUCGUUGUCCAGUAUUCUCAAUUAUUGUUUGAUUGUGGUGAGAUUGCGAGUUUGCUUCGCAAGUUAGCUCGCCUCAAGGAUGUAUACCUAGCUCUUUCAGGUUAUACUUCGAACAUCGCAGAGUUCCUUUUAGGUUGCCGAAACGGUGAAUUGGCACAACAGAUUAAGUCUGAUAAGAAAUUGGUUGUAAUAUGCCAAUACUUGAAAGAGAAGUUUCUGGUCUCCGCUCCUAUCCCAAACAAUGAUAUCAAUGCCCACUUGAAAUUCUUGCUGCGGCAAGUUGACGAACAGAAAUUGAGAGCAGCUGCUCAAGAAAUCAGCAUUUUGGGGCAGAGGACCUCCAAUGAGUUUUGUGCAUUCCUCGCUGAUGCAAAGAAUGGCCGGCUGCCCACCUCACCGUCAGCUCUUCGAGCUUAUUCAUCCAAACCAGAUCAGCAUCUACUGCGAUAUUAUCCAACCAGUGUUGCAUCUCAUCUUAGAGCCCGUGAACUUGGAUAUCAGCAGUAUAAGGCACGAUCGUCCAUACAACAAACCUUAGUCAAAUCAGCAAAUGACAGCUGGGAGCAUUGGAAGUCAUGGGAGGGCGCAUCGAAAGAUGUUGUGGUUCUUGACUGGUCCCCUGAUGGCACUCGCUUCGUGGCCGGAUGUGCAACAUCUUGCGCUCCAGAGAAUAUGAUGUACAACCGGAGAAAUAAUUUAGUGGUGGGAGAUUUGACAACAAACAGGCUUAAAGAACUUCCUGAUCACCGGAUGCCGCGAGUGUUAUUUGACCCAACACAAGCGAAUGAAGAAAGCAGCGGAAGCGACCCCCAACUCUACACCUCCAUCAGCGCAGUGGCAUGGUCCAAUGAUGGGACUCGGAUGUUUAGUUCCAGCUAUGACCGUACUGUCAAGUUAUGGGAUACCUCAAACCAUCAGGACACGAGAUGUAUUACAACUCUCCGUCACCCUGGAAAAGUACUAGUCAUGGCGCUUUCUAAGGUUGAUAACUGUCGAUUGGCUACCGGAUCAGAUCGUGAAAAUAGCUUUCUGCUGUGGCAGGUUGAACAAGAGCACGGCCUUUCUCUUUCAUCUCCAUUGGAGAUAUCGCCCCGCCACAAUAAAUUGAUGACACCAACAUCGUUAGCCUGGGGGCCUAACUCGUAUACGAAAGACCUGCUGGUAGCAGGCAUGUCUUUGCCCGACAGCAGUGAUACACGCGACCCGCCAAUCGGCGGUCAUCUAGCAGUUUGGCGAAUGGAGGAAGCCAGCGUUACCCAACUAGGUGUGAUGCCUAACUCCCAGAACGUUUUUGAUCUAUCGUGGCAUCUACCAUCAGGUUUAUUCGCCGCUGGGAUAGCUGCCUAUGGUCGUUCCAAAGGACUAGGCUCUGAGGUCCGGUCAAUGGUGAAUAUCUAUGACCCGUUAAGGGGUAAGAGAGACAUCAUCAGCUAUGAUUGCCCUGGGCGUGAUAUUAACAUUGUGACCUUCUGCCCAUUUAAUGAUAACUAUAUCUCUGCCGGAUGCACGAACGGGACGACCUAUGUAUGGGAUUUCCGAAAUCCCAACAAGAUUCUCCAUCAACUUCAGCAUGGCCCACAGAUUAGGGACCUAGACAUCGGAGUACAGUUUGGGCUCUGGGGUGAUCAAUCAAGCAUGUUAUAUACCGGGUCUUCUGAUGGCUGUGUCAAAACCUGGAACAUCAUGGCUGCCACGGAGGAUGUUUUCGUCAAAGAUCUUGCUAGCUUUGGUAACGAUAUCACUUCUGGAGCCUUGUCUGCCGAUAAGACGACGAUGAUUAUCGGAGACAACAGCGGGAGCAUCCAUAUCCUCUCCACUUCGACCCCUCCAGAUGAUGACAAGUCGAUGCGAUUCGAACACGCCAAAGAUGAACCAGCGUACGAAUCAGACAGUGGUGUCAGGGCUGCCAAUGAGCUGAUUGAGUCGGGCCAAAUCGUCAAACAUGAAAAAUAUGGGCCUGGAAAAGGCCCUAAAUACAACGGGCCUUAUGCCGCCUGGGCCCGGCCACCUGGUACCCCCGCUGAUAAGCUCUCAAGCACGCCGUUGAUGACGCAGGUACAGAUGGAGCAGCUGUACGGCUCCGCCACGAAGCGCCGUGAAUACCUUGAUGAAGAUACCCGCAAGAAAGUCCGAACCCAGAUCCAGCUUGCCAAAUUUCGAAACAGCAAAACCUACUGGGCUGCCUCUGGUAGCAGCAUAAAUGCCGGGGAGGGCUAUGCCUAG